UGUUUAAAACAUAGAGGAAUCAUAUAUCGUAGCUGCCGUAAAACAACUAAGUUGGUGUCUUGUUUUAUAUGAGCAUUCGGAUAAAUAUGUUUUUUGAACUCAUUUUUGGAAUUCUUUUUGUAGAAACGGAUCAAUAUCCGAAAAUAGAUAAUUUGCCUCACUAUCUAUUUUCAUUAAAAGAAUAUCCUGAACAAGACUCAAAACCGAUGGCCGAUAUUUUACAGGAAGCGUUACAAACACAAUUUCGACGAAAGGAUUUAACGUGUAGCUCAUUAUCACGUAGUAUAGCAAAUUGUAUUUGCUCCACCUAUCAGAUGUUUGACAACAUCGGCAAACUAUCUAUUGAUAGAAAAACUGGUGAUAAAAGUUAUGAAAGUGUAGCGGUUUCAACACCGACGUUGCGUCAUUCAUUUUAUUACAUAAUAAGUCGUCAUCAAAAUUUGCAAAGUUUUCCAAGUAAUAUCUGUGAAUUUCCGGAAAUUGCAUAUUUGGAUUUGUCCUACAACAAAAUAACAGAAAUUGAUCUUGUGCCAUGUAUUACAUUCUUAGAUACAUUCAUACUCCAACAUAACCUAGUAGAGUACCUGAAUAAUAUAACAUUUUUGCACUUGAGAUUCAUUCGUGUAAUUGACUUGUCUCAUAACAGACUAAAAUAUAUCGAACCUGGAUUUUUAAUGAACGUUAAUGGAAGUUUGUUUAAAUUUGAUGUUUCAUACAAUUAUCUAACUACGCUUGACAUAACAAAUAUAUUAUGGAAACAGCUCAUCUUUUGUAAGGCAAAUUUUUCAAAUAACUUUAUAAGCUCUAUAACAAACGAAUUAAAUUGGAAAAGUCAAGAUAAUUCCGAGUUUUCUUAUUUUGGAGUCCUGGAUGGGUCGCAUAACAAUUUAUCAUACUUUUCAAUUUUUAAUGACAAUGGACUUAAUGUUAGACAUGCAGGAAAAUUAAGUGGCUGGUGGAUAUAUGUGACGGGAAAUCAGUGGAUUUGUGAUUGCAGACUUUACCCGUUUGCUAAGCUAUCUGAAUUGCUUGUCAAAAACUUUCACAGAUUGAAUUUUUAUAUGACUUGUGAUUCUCCUGCAAAGAUGAAGAUGAGGAAAUUGUUCGACAUCAUCAAAAAUUCUGAUCUUGAUCAAUUAAUUUGUAACUUGUCAUUAUCCGACCGAUGUCCACCACAAUGCCGUUGUUUUUAUCAACCUGCUAUAGACAACAGAACAAUAGUUGAUUGUUCUGGGUCUGGACUCACACGAAUUCCGUCAGCUCUGCCUUUGUAUGACCAUCUUCAAAUAGAUUUCACAAACAAUAGCAUACGACAUUUAGAAAGGAUAGCACAGUUUGGGUUGCAAAUGGUUGAAAGGAUAACGAAACUGGAUCUUUCAAACAACCAAAUAAUAGCCAUUUCAGAUCUCGUCCUAGAUCGUUUUAGAAAAAUACAACUGGUUAAUAUAACAAGCAAUGCGAUAAAACGGAUUCCAAGGUCAUUACAGAUGCUGAAGCCAUGUCAGAUUGCCUUAGGACAAAUCAUUAUGAAAUGUGAAUGCCAGGAUCUUUGGUUAAAGAUAUGGUUACCGUUAGAAUACCAAAGUUGUACUGGAAACACACAAAUUGUAUGCGACCAUAAUGGUGUACUACGUCCUAUUACUGAAAUGAAUAAAGUAGAUCUUGGAUGUUCUGAGGCAAAUAACAAUGCUUCGUUGUUAAACAUGUCGAUAUGUUCAGCAUUUGCUGCAGUGAUCAUAAUAGCAUCGAUUUUAUUCAAGCUUCGGUCUGAAUGUUUUAUAUUAACACGAUCUAUAUUCAACUUUGUAAAGAAGCCAGUAGCGCCAAACUGUAUAAAACACGACAUAUAUAUUUCUGCAAAUGAGGAUGAUCCACUAGUCCGGAAAUGGUUGUUAACUUCCUUGGUCCCUUAUCUUGAGGGAAAAGGGUUCGAUGUGUUUUUGUUUUUUAGGGACAGUGCAUUCGGAGCUCCUCGGGAACAACAGACGAUUGACGUCAUGUCCAAAAGUCGAAAUUUUAUAAUACUUCUUAGUGACAUUACCAAUGGCACUCAGGAAUGGAAUAAGAAAGAAUGGAAAUAUGCUUGGAAUUAUUACAAAUGUGACUUAAGUCGGAACCUUAUUGUCAUCAAUUACGAUUUCGUAAAAUGCGAUGACACUGUAAAGAAGUUCUUUCGAGGAUUUUUUACUUUAAAAAAGGUCAUUAACUUCUCGAAUUUUGAAAAUAAGAUUGAAGAAGAUAUUUGUACAUUACUGAAAUGAGAAACGUAUUUGUAACUGACGAAUUACCGUUUCAUUUACGAAAAAACGAACUGUUAAUAGAUUUGUAAUGCUUUAUUGUAUUAACAUAAUAAUCCCUUUGAUACAAAUGAGGUCAUAGAUACUCCAGUAACAAUAGUAAAAAAGGAAAUGGCAAUUCCUUGGCAAA